GCAAUGCACAAAUUACAAACAGUACCAACAUUCGAAAACCCCUGCCAAAUUUCUUCUUCCAAUCAUCUUCUUCCACGACACAAUACCAACGACUCAAAUCGCUGACUUCGAAUCACAACCGGUCAAUUUGAGUCGUCUACGGUAAUAAUCGAACCACCCGAUCAAAACCCAGUUCCUAGCGCCAUCGGAGCACUGCACCAACCGUUAACAGCCGUCAGAAGGGAGCUGCGUUUCCCUUGGGAGAGGCCGUAGUAAUCGUGGAUUUGAGAGAAAAAAAGGUUUGGGAGUGGAAAUGGAGGUUCAGCUUUGAUGGGUUGUGGUGAAACAAAGGAGCCCUUUUGAGAUUGUUGCUCGAAAGAGUGAGAAUCAUGGGUAGCGAGGAAUGCUCGCUGCUCAAGAAUCUGAGGCUGGAAAUUGAUGGAGAUGAUGGAAGGUUUACUCUCUGCUUCUGGGUUUAUCUCAUGAGUUCUUCCACAUUCCCUGUUACAAUCCUUCAUCAGGUGCAGUUAGAUUCAUCAGGCACGUCUCCUUUUCUCGUUCUUAGUGAAAGGAAUAAAAUAAAGAUUAUGCCAUUGACUGCCUUACACAAAGCUGAUGAAGGUUCCAGCCCUGGUGGUUCUUCUUCUGGAAAUGAAGUUUCGCAUGACUCUGAUUUUAUGGAAAAAUGGGUUCACAUUGGAUGUGAGGUCUCCACUGAUUUUGUCCGGCUUCAUAUUGAUGGGAAAAUGGUUGGAGAAAAGUCUGCGUCAUCCUCACUUAGUGAAGAUGCCAUUCCAAGGGGUUUGGGGAAGAUUGUUUUAGGCAGUAAUGGUGAAGACAACAGUGUGCAGGGCUAUGUUCAUAAUGCAAAAGUUUUUCCCUUGGUUUCAUCGAUUAGGGAUCAUUACGUCGAGGACCUACCGGUUAAGUUAUUUAUCGACAACUCUUCCACCAUGGAGAUUGAAGAGGGCAGUGAUGGCAUUUGGAAUAUAGUUGGUGGCAAGCCAUCUUGCCGUAGAAAUUUUGCGUUGGAUGUUAUGCUGUUAGAUUCCUCCGGCCAGCCUGUUUUGAAGGAACUCGAGGUUGUUGCCUCCCUCAUCUAUGCUGAUAGCGGGGAAGCUGUGGAGAAGUCAGGUGAUGAAGAAGCUCCCCUUUUGGCAAGCUACGAUGGUGUUGAAUUUGCUUCAAGUGACAGACCAAGUAAACUGUUGCAUGGGCGUGCAUCCUUUAAGCUAAAAAUAUCUCAGCUAUCUUCUAAAUGCGAUAACAAGCUCUUCCGCAUUAGAUUUUGCAUACCUAAAGUUGAGAGGUAUCCCUUCCUCGAGGCUCUCUCUUCUCCAAUUCGCUGCAUCUCAAGGAGUCGAAACACUCGCAUGUCAACUCUGAUGUGGAAAAGAUCUACCUUCCAUCCACAUGAUGUAUCUCGGUCAUCUGGUUUGGACAAUGGAACAUCAGAACAUGAACAUGUUUCUUUAGAUGAAGAAAAACCAAGUCCACUAUUGAAGAGGAUUAAAUUAGGACAAGAUAGAGUUUUACCAACCUCUAAUGAUGAUGCUGCAUUAGGGCAACCAGAUGAAGAAUGCAAUUCUCAUUCUUUUACUGCUAAUGAGGCUGAAAAUGGAUUUCGCACAAAUUUAACAGAAAGACCCAAAAAUAAUGGAUCGAUAGGAGCCUCUCCAUCGGACUCCGGGAGCACUGAAGCCAGACAUUCGGCUCUAAAUAGAACUGCAACCAGUGGAAAUCCAAUCUCGGAUGUUAACAUUUUCAAAUAUUGCCUAGCAGGUUUAUCUGAGAAGUCUCUUCUGCUCAAGGAGAUUGCAACCUCUGUGUCGAAGGAAGAUGUUAUGGACUUUGCCGACCAUGUUUCCCUAUAUUCUGGAUGUUUACACCACAGGCAUCAAAUUUUAAUGGCAAGAAAGUUAGUAGAGGAGGGAACGCGAGCUUGGAAUUCAAUCUCACAAAACAAGAAUCAUGUUCACUGGGAGAGUGUUGUUUUUGAGAUUGAAGAGCAAUUCAUGAGAAUUGCUGGCUGCAGCUCUAGAUCUCUCACUCAGCAGGACUUUGAGUUGCUGAGGAGAAUUUCUGGUUGCCAAGAGUAUCUGGCCCAAGAGAACUUUGAGAGAAUGUGGUGUUGGUUAUAUCCUGUAGCUUUUACUUUAUCCAGACAAUGGAUAAAUGCAAUGUGGAGUUCUUUGUCGCCCAAGUGGAUUGAAGGAUUCAUUACUAAGGAAGAAGCUGAAUUAUCACUUCAAGGUCCGACGGGUCUUCAAGAGCCUGGGACGUUUAUUCUCCGAUUUCCCACUUCAAGAAGCUGGCCUCACCCUGAUGCUGGUAGCUUGGUAGUUACCUAUGUUGGUAGUGAUUGUUCUCUUCAUCAUAGGCUUCUUUUGCUUGAUCACAUUUUCAGUUCUGCUGAAGGAGAGAAGAGUAUGAGGAGUCUUCAAGACAUGCUCCUAGCAGAACCCGAGCUCUCUCGAUUAGGAAGGGCAAUACGAAGUCACUGAAUCAUUACAGAAAUUGCAAUGUCCAUCCACAUCAUUUCUUUUGUUUGCUUUACCUACAGACAGCUUCCCAGUUAAGUUGUACAUAUUGCGAAUACAAGAGUCGUCUUGAGGUGAAUAUUUAUAGGCACGUCGGAGCAAAUUCCAGAACCAAGAUUUAAAAGGUCCUCUCUUCGGGAUGUUACUUAUCAAGUAAAAAUGGUGGAACUUCGUCGGUAAUACUUGUACAUCAACUUGAAUAUUGAUGAAGACGAUCUGAUUGUUAGUCUUCUGUCGUGUAAUCGUCCCUCAGCAGUUUUGGUUGUAGUUCCUUAACAAAUCCUUGAACUAGUCAUCAAUUCCUGUGAAUGUUUUCUUAUCCCAAAGUAGAAUCUACUGUAUGAGUUAAAACUGAUUCCACCAAGAGUGAUCCAAAAACUACCAUUUUUUAAGGUGAAAUCUCCAUCUUCUUCCAUUGAAUGAAAACAUAUAUUGAGAGCCCAUUUCAAGUCACA